AGGAGAGCUAUAAAUAAAAUCAAAGCAUUCUUAGGAGAGAAUGCAGCAAAAGGUCUUAAUUGUACUGAAUCUGGUGACAAAUCACAAGAUAAAACUGAUGAUGAAUCACAAGAUGACACUGAUAGAUCGAAGUCUCCUGAGACACAAAGCAAAAGUGCUACCAAUGUACCACUUGUAGCUUUGACUAGCACACCAAUACCCAGCACCUCCAAAGCAGAAUCAGUUUGUACUGAUGAACCAAGUAUGCCUCUUCCUAGUGACACACCUAUUAUUAAUCCUGGAACUUCCGGAAGUAAUACAAGUAUUCCUCAUUCAUCUCCACAAAAAGGAACAACAACCUCUGUUGACAUUGAUUCAUCAUGCAAAGAUAACACUUCCAGCAGAGCACCAGCUUCUUAUUCUCAAAUUCCUCCUGUUGCUAACAAUACUUUUGUAGCACAUGAUUCCAGCUCACUGCAACAACAGCAUAUCUAUACCAUGAUAGUUGUGUCUAUACAUGUAAUCACGUUUCUUAAUGGUCUGUUUGCGAAUCCGUUGCAUAAUUCAUCUAUGUCUUCUAAUACUGGCAGAGUAUCAAAUGGUGUUUUAAUGAAGUGCUCAUCACACCUGAAUCAGUUACCAAAACUUGCUGGAUAUUUAGGAAUACCUGACAGUUGUUUACAACAGAUUCAGAGCGACUUCACAGACCCAGACAUACAAGGAUACCGUCUGUUGAAAAAGUGGAAAGAGCUCUAUCCUAAUUCAUCGCUUGCUGACCUUAUUGAAGUAUUUCAAUAUUUAGGCCUUAAUGAAGCUGUUAAAGUACUUGAAGAAAAUUAAUUAAUCAAUUCUAUUUGCCAUGUCAUUAUUUUUUGUAGUCUGUGACACAUGAAGCUACUUGUUAUUU